UUUCAAUUCUUCUUCACCUUCAAAACCAAACCAACCAAAAACAAGAAAACCCUAAUCUUUCACUAAUCCAAGAAAAUAAAAUCUUUUGUUUCUUGAAUUACAAGUCUUUAAUAUACAGAGUCUUUUUAAUAUAUAUAUAUAUAUGAGAGACGAAGAAAAAUAUCAAAACAUCACCAAAAUGGUUGCUUCACGCCUCAAAAAUGGUGUUAACCGUCCAAAAUUCGGUGCACUUUUACAGUCUGAUCAUCUUGCCAACUUUCAUAAGCAAGAUGAUGAGCUUUCUAGCCCUAGAUACUCAAACAGUAGCAACGGCACACCAACGAGCGGCGACGGCGAGGGAUCUCCUUAUUUUAUGUCACCUAGCUGGAGCCAGCCUUCUCCUUAUACUAAAUCUCCAUGGCUAAUACCAUCUCCGAUGGUGAACCAUAAUAUUGGUAACCAUGGUCUUAUUGGCUCCAUUGUACGGGAAGAAGGCCAUGUUUAUUCUCUUGCAGCUUCUGGUAAUUUGUUGUAUACUGGCUCAGACAGCAAGAAUAUACGAGUGUGGAGGAAUUUGAAGGAGUUUUCGGGGUUUAAAUCUAAUAGCGGCUUAGUUAAAGCCAUUGUUAUACACGAAGGAAAGAUUUUCACCGGUCAUCAAGACGGAAAAAUCAGAAUCUGGAAGAUUUCAGCUAAAAACCCUAGCGUUUACAAAAGAAUCGGAAGCUUACCAACUUUUAAAGACUACAUAACUAAAUCAGUUAACCCGAAGAACUACGUUGAAGUCCGUCGCCACCGGAACGUUCUACGGAUUCGGCAUUUUGAUGCAGUUUCUUGCUUGAGCUUAAACGAAGAACAAGGUUUGUUAUACUCAGGUUCUUGGGAUAGAACGUUAAAAGUCUGGAGAAUUUCGGACCAUAAAUGUCUCGAGUCGAUCAACGCUCACGACGACGCGAUAAACGCGGUGGCCGUCGGGUUUGACUCGUUGGUGUUCACCGGCUCAGCCGACGGGACAGUAAAAGUAUGGAAGCGGGAGCUACAAGGAAGAGGAACGAAUCAUUUCUUGGUUCAGACACUGUUAAAACAAGAAAACGCGGUAACAGCAAUCGCAGUAAAUCUUGAAUUGGCCGUAGUUUACUGCGGUUCAUCUGACGGGUUGGUAAAUUUUUGGGAGCGUGAGAAACACUUGUCACACGGUGGGGUCCUCCGGGGCCACAACAUGGCGGUUUUAUGUUUAGCGACUGCUGGUAAUUUGGUAUUGAGUGGGUCCGCUGAUAAAAGUAUUUGUGUAUGGAGAAGAGAGCCUGGUGGGGUCCAUUUAUGUUUGUCAGUUUUAACAGGUCAUGGUGGGCCAGUGAAAUGCUUAGCCGUUGAAGAGGAUCAUGAACGUGGGAAUCAAGGAGAUCAACGGUGGAUAUUGUACAGUGGUAGCUUAGACAAAUCUGUGAAGAUAUGGCGCGUGAGUGAGAAUUGGAACCACGCGCAAGAUUUCCGAGAGUAUAAUUAUCAAUCGCCUAGGCUAAGCUAUUCUUCGCCGACCACAUACAAAGUCGGCAACUAUCAUUAAGGAUAAAAGGUUGAAAAGUGCAAUGAUGACGCGUGCGGAAUGGAGCGUGAAGCUCACGCGGAACUAUGAGGAAUUGGUGUUUCCUUGGAGAAGGUAGGGUAAUGGUUAGAAGUGGUGGUGAAAUAUGGACCGUGUGAUCUUUUUACUGAUAAUCAUGGAGAUGCAAAUUGUAUAGUUAUGAUUCUGAAUGCACAGUAUAUUUACCAUCAAUUUUUUGCAAUUUCUCAUUUUGUAUGAUCAAGUUUUUCCUAAAAAAAAAAUAUUUAAAAUAUUAAUUUGUACAUUA